UUACAUUUCGCAGUAGUACUUUGCACGAGAGGAAAGAAUGAAUUUAAACUAUUUCUAGGAUACCGUGCCGUGCCGCGCCGUUCGUACCAAGUACCGUACACCCUGGUUUCGUUUGUACCGGUUUCCCACAUCCGAGAUCCAAACUGUAUUAGAGUGACACAAAGUGAUGUUACGAGUACGUACUCUGCAUUUCGAACCAUCGAUCAAGAAACUGGUGCAAUGAAAACUAGCCUUCCGUUCUUGAUUCUAGGCURCUGGACUACUGCUUGCGCGUUUGCACCAKCGSGAUGGGAUAUGUCCGGUAGUCUCGGCGUCCGCAACGGAAGGUACCUUGAAUCCACGUCGUCGUCGGAUGGAGAAGCCACCUCUCGUGUGGAAGAGCUCAAGACAGAGCUCCUCGAAAAGAUUGCCAUCCUCAACCGCCUCCAGGAGGAAGACGGAAAGAUUGCCGUUGAUUUUGGAGUAAAGGGUGGUGAGAUUGACGAGAAAUCCAGGGCACCCCGAAAGCUAGAUUUUUAUACGGUUUCGGAACGGGUUGGCAAGGCAGCGGACGCCAUCUUCGAGGCCGUCGGGGAACUUUCCAAGGUGAAUCCCACGGAAACGCCCACGGAGGGCCUCGGAGACACAACGUUCACAGGAACCCCGCCGCUGGAUGGACCAUGGAAUCUCCUCUUUUCGACCGCCGCCGACGCCAACUUUUCCAAGGACAGCAAGCGCGGAGACGCCAAGGCAGCAAACAUUGUCGACGCCAGGCGCGGAAAGAUCACCAACGUGAUCAGGUUUGCGCCKGCCAACGACAAGGAUGGAAAUCCGRAGCCAAAGGCCGUCGACGAGCUCCGGGUGCGGCUGGCGGCGACUGCCGAGGGGCCCAACCGGGUCGCGAUUGUCUUCAAGUACGUGGCCGUCCGGUUCACCAGGUUCUUUUUUCUACCGCUCCGAUGGACCCUCUAUAUCCCCGUCCCGGCUCCCACCAUUGGUAAAAUUGUGAUCGCCCUCAGCAACGCCAAGAACUUUCUCUUGCGGAAAAAGACCGAACCCCGCAAGAUACCGAAGGGUUUUUUCGAUGUCCUCUUUUUGGACAAGGAGUUGCGGGUCCACAAGACGGGCGAGAACAAUUUGUUUGUGCAGGCCCGGCCGGACUGGACCACUGCCUGGGACACAGUGGGUUAAUUGAAUUGAAGUUGAGCGAACGCUGGAACGAUGACASCAACGAUGCGUCGUUGGCGGUCUCUUCUUUYGGCACAUGYAACGUCUGUAUCUUGGCACCC